AUGCCGCCCAAAAAAGAGUUUAUAACUCCUCAAUCCUCGGAAAGAAAAGGAAAAUGCGUAUUGUGCGCAGACGUAGCGGAAAGAGCCUGCCAACGAUGUGGAGACUUUUACUGUUGCAAGGACUGCCAGGUUAAGGACUGGCAGCGUCAUCGCUACAUAUGCUUUCCGAUGCCUGCCUUGGUUUAUCCAAGCUCGUUUUCCCUGCAUCAAGUCGCCGAUGAAUUGUCGAUACAGGGCAGACUUACAGCUGCACCUGAUAAAGACGUGGAUGAGGCAGUGCAACCGCCUCCAGCUCGCACUGCAAAUCCCAUCCGCAAUUCCGAUUUGAAUAGAGAUCAAAGUGUCAGCAGUACUAGAAGCGUUACACACCAAGAAAAUCCAGCUAUUCCGGAGACCACCAACAAAGUAUCGAAUUGCAGCGGCAGCAAAUUUAAAGUAAAGCAUAUCUCGAACGUGAGCAUGCCGCCCAGCAAUACUCUUGUGUAUCUUAACGCAUUCUGUUCUUCUAACCGAUGCUAUAUUCGCGAUGCUAGAGAACCUGCUGACGUGGCAUAUAAGCAAGUGUGCGAAAAGAUCAAUGCCGUUGGUAAUGAGAUGCCCAAAUUGGGAAAACUGAAUGUAUAUGGCUAUUGUCUUGCCCGUCACAAUGGGACGUUUCACCGUGCCCAAGUCUUGAAUAUUGUUAACCAAAACGUAAAGGUAAUGCUUAUGGAUCAAGGCACUGAAAAGCUGAGAAAUAGGUCGGAUUUACGUGAAAUCAAUGAGGAACUGAUAUCACUUCCGUGUUAUUCCAAAGUGGUACAACUGAUGGAUGUGCCCCACAAAAUGUUUAACGAUGCGUAUGUCAAAUUUGUUUCCCAAUUUGAAGGGGAAAAGUUUGUGGUCUAUUAUAAAAAGACGCCUGGCCACAUUAGCGUAGAUUUAAUUAAUCCAAAUACCGCGCAGUCGUUAAAUUCACUUAUUAGGCAGUUUUUAUCUGAUAAGCGUGUUCAAGCUGAUGAGAUGCCCCAGACCAGUAACAAAGAGCUACCGAAACAGCAAUCUUCAUCGAUCGAAAUUUCUAAAAAGGAAGUAAUCAAACUUUCAAAUGAAGUUAACAGUAAAUCGCUUUCACCGGAUCUGCCAAAAGUUGAAGCCCCUAAAGAACCCUCGAAUGUGCCAAAACCCAAUAAAACUUUUAGCGUCGAAGAUUUUUGGAAAGCCAUGGGGGCAAAACUCCUAGGACAAGGAACUUCUUCAAAUAACAUUAUAAAUAAUUCUGUCGAAGACGAUUUAAAGCCUUCCAAAACGCCGGAACCUAUUGAUACUGCUACCAAAGAAGCAUCUUCUAUGAAAAGUACUCCCGUUCCAAUCAAAUACUCUGUAGAUGCUUUAAAAUGCAUGAACGAGCAAAUUAUGAAUAUUCCAAAAGAUAGUCAGAGUCAAACAACUACUCAAAAUCCAUCCGAAAAGGUAAACAACUCUUCAAAUCAUUCUCCUGAUGAAAAGAAAUUUCCAAGCCAGGAAUUCUUUGAAAAGAUUUUGUCGUUGGAAAGGACAAAGCGACAAUCCACCACUGCCUUAGGUUCCGAAACAGUACCGUCUACAGUCGAGUCGAAAUCUCUGGAAGAAGAUAUUAAAGAGGCAUUAAUCCAAUUAAAGGCCAAAGAAAUGGCUCCACAAAAUAAGUUGUUUGAACCCAUGGGUUUAGGAAAAUCACCCGAAGCCAAUGGUCCUAUGAUUUCAAAAAUGGAACCCUUGUUAAAUCCGCCAUUCGAAAUACGUAAAUUCAGCAUUGAUGGGAAGGACGGCAUCGAUGUUUUCGUUGUGGAUAAUUCAAGAAUCGAUCGGGGUAUUUUUGGGGCGUUCGAUAGCUCAUACGCCGCUGAAUUUUCCACAUUGAACAGUCAAUUGGCGGCAAUCGCCGAUUCGAAACCAUAUAAGCCAGCUGUCAAGGAAUACGUUAUCGCCAAAUAUGAGGGUUCAUGGCAUCGUGGUAAGGUUGAGCAGAUAAAAACAUCACCCAAUGAAGAGACUAAGUAUCGAGUGCUAUACGUGGACUAUACCAAUGUGGAAGAUUUAACCGAGCAGGAUAUCCGUCGUUAUCCAACAAACUUCACCACACCUUGUUCCACAAACAUUUGCGUGCUUGAAGGUUUUCCGCAUAAGCCGAAUGCUGCUCAGCUUUCAUUCUUGUCAGAAGUCAUACAACCCCACAAACUGGUUCAUAUUGACAGUGUCGGCUAUUUAACUAACGUGGCCAUGAUAAAAUCGCGUGUUAUUAUGGAAAAAUUGAAUAGUUUGUACUAAAAAUGUUAACGAAUAUUAUGAUUUCUCAAUUUCAAUUCCUAGUUUAUAGAUGACCAAAGAAAAAUCUUACUACUUCAUCAUUUUUCAUUUCAAAAACAUUUACGUAUAAAUAUAUUUCAAUUAAAUAACAA